GUUAGCGUGGGAGACUCGCCCCACCCCGCGCUGCCCGCUAUCACUGAAGAGCAGCAGCCUGAGCAGCUUCUACACGUCAGGCCAAUAAAGCCAACUUGAAGAGAGAGAGAGAGAUGCUCUGGCUGAUCAAAACUCCUGUGCUCAAAUUUCAGCUCUGUGUGAUAAGAGAAAGAAUGAGCCAAAAAACAGAGAGGAGAACAGGUUUUACAGAGAGAAUGAGAGAUUAGAUUUAACUGAUCCAAACAAUGAAACCUCCUGUGCUUUUGGACAGUACCAUUCAAAAGUUAUGAAACUCAUUAAAUUCAGUGGGUUUUUUUUAAUCAUUAUUUUAAGUCAUUCAUACUGUAAAGAAAAACAUCUAGAAUUGCUUAGUAAUCAAACAAAACUGAAUAAAAAAGCAUUAAACACACCAGAUUUUAUAUUUUAGAUAGUAGUGCCUUAAAUGCUUAGAUGACGUGGAAUGGCUUUCAGUAAACAGCUGUGCCUCAUCAAGAGUUAAUUACUUGAAUUUCUUGCCUCUGAAUCUGUUUGAGAGCAUCAGUUGUAAAGUUGUGAAGAGGUAGUAUUGGUAUACAGUGAAAAGCCCUAUUUGAAUAAUGUUCUAAUCCAUAUUAUGGCAAGAACUACUUAACUAAGUAAAGAAAAACAUGACUUAAAAAAGGAAGGUCAGUCAAUCCGAAACAAGAACUUUGAAAGUAUCCUCAAGCGAACAAAGAGAGACCAAAAAAUAUUACUAUGAAAUUGGCUCUCAUCAGAAGCAUCAAGCAAGUUAACAGCGCCUCAGAAAAGAGCAAUUAAAUGAUGAGCAUAAGGGGACUCGUGUGUCACUAUGAUUUUCCAGACUGCACUUACGAUCCCCUCAGAGGCCUAGUAUGAGCAACAGGAACAGUCCUUGUCUGUGGACUUCAGUGCCUCAGGUCUGUCCUGCUCCAUGUGACCGCUACAAGCACGCUUCUUGUGCCUUCAGGGGAAACAUCUAUCUGCUCGGAGGUAGAAAAAAGCACUCCUUAAGGGAUUUCUGGAAAUAUAAUGUGGCACGUAAUGAGUGGAUCGAACUGGAUUGUGGGGGUGACCAGGCACCUGAGGAACUGGAGGAACAUAGCAUGGUGGCACAUCAGGGUGUGUUGUAUGUGUUUGGAGGUUUGAUAGAUUCGGCAUAUUCAAACUCAAAAUCACCUCUUUGGCUGUUUGACACAGUUAAAGAGCGGUGGCUGCAUUUACAAGACCAAAGUUCACCGUCUCAGGAAAAAGACACUUGUAAACACUGUCAUGUGAUGCCAUCCAAUAGAAAGGGGCACAGCGCUGUUGUGAUGGAAUCCUCAAUGUAUAUUUAUGGGGGAUACAUUGAUAUGCGAGGGACCUCACAGGAAUUCUGGAGAUUAGACCUGGACACUGGGACAUGGUCUCUGUUGAGUAAUGCACCAGUAGGACCUGGACCAAGGCACAGUCAUUCUGCUAUGACCCACCAGGACUGUAUGUACCUGUACGGUGGCCUGCAAGGCCUAAAGGAACAGAGGGACUUGUGGAGAUGGAGCUUUCACAGCCAGGCCUGGAGCUGCAUCAGAGCAUCCUCGGGACCCUCUAAGCUGAUGGGUCACUCAGCAGUGGUCUAUAAGGACAGCAUGCUGCUUUUUGGUGGGGGAGAGACCCAGAGUGCCCCCAGAAACUGCCUGUGGAGGUUCAAUCUGACCACACUGACCUGGGAGAAGCUGCCCUCGCUGCCUGGCUCCAUCGCUCCAUGCCGGGUUCACCACAGCAGUGUGGGUCUUGGCCCUGCUUUCCAGCCUGAACCACCCAGCACCAAUGCUAAAGAAACGCUCAUGUCAAACAGCCUGAACAACAACAAGCUCAGACCUUUUAAGAACAAGUGUUUCCCCUCCCGUUCCUCCACAUGGGAGCCUGGGGAGGAUAUUGAGCUGCAGGCUGUGCACACUGUGAAGACAAAAGGUCUGAAAGACAUCAGCCCAGCUUUAAAAAAGACUAAGCAGUGGAAGAACUGCCUUACCUUUGAGAAUCAGGAAGCCAUAGGAGAGGUACAGGAGGGUGAGCUCUCAGCAGAGGAGAUGGAGGAUGAUCUGGCCCACCCAAUGCCUGACCUACUGCUCGUAUUAGGGGGCAGACCUCUAAAAGAGCAGGGUGCCAUCUCAGUGUGGCAGAUGACAUUAAAUGAGAGCUGACUUAGAGGAGAUGAGCCAUUCUGUAGCUAUGUUUGACAAGUUUUGCUAAGAGAAAUUGGGAUGUCCUUGGUUGUUCAAUACAAGAUAUUUGGAUGUGUUUUUUGAACAAGAUGCACUGUUUACUUAUCUUUCAUAUAUAAGUAUAAUAUUUUUUCUAUUUUAUUUUAUAUGUGCAGUUGUAUGCAAAAUCCUGGGAAAUCCAACUGACAUGCUUUACAGAUUUUCUUAUUAAAACAGGUUAACAAACCUCUAAAGGCAAGUUCUGCACAUUUUGAUGCAGUCACUGUUUAUUUGCUUAAAUUAAACUUUCUAUAACAUAACGUGUGACAAUUUUGUAAAAUCAUUAUUAACAUCAACGAAAAUAUUUAAUUUUAAUAGGUGUGUCCAAACCAUUUCAUAAAUAUGCAUGUUUUUCAUUGAUUCAUUGUUUUUAAACAGUUUAUUACAUAUACGGUGCUCUUUUAGUACAUUGGUUUGUUAUGAAUUGUGCUAUAAUUAACAUACCUCAAGGACAAAUGUGUGUUAAAUGAGUUUCAUUUUUAAUGAGUAUUUUGUAUAAGCAAAUAUAUUAUUGUACCUAUUGUUUUAGUAUUACAUAACAAAGCAGAUGUAUCAGUAUUUCAGUGUUUCUAUAGUUAUUGGGUGAAUUUAAAUAUUAUACUAUAUUUUUAACGCACAAAAUCUCAUAAUUCCUGUAUUACAAGGAUAAAGUGAUACUCUUCUUCUCUUUAAUGCCUCUGAACAUAUUGCAGUACUUUACAAAUAAAGUGGUAACUGAUACUUUUAUCCAGGA